UUACCUCUAAAACCAACCUCGACAUCUUUUAACCCAGCAGAGCCAUCGAAAACCUUACCUCCAAUCCAUAUAUUUUCGCAUCUACAGUGCCACAUCCCCAAAACCAACUCCUCUAGUGACUCGUUCGCAACCAUCAAAAGGAAACCCACUCCACUCCACCCCACCCACCCUCAGGCAACACCCACAUCAUCACUCCUCACCCACACUCUCCUCGCUCCCCUCCUCACCCACCUCAUCCCCAUCCAUCACCUUUACAUCAGCACCCACCACCGCAUCUUCAACCUCUCUUCUCUCCAAACCCAGCACGCCCCGUCCACCCCACACGCACCCACAAAACCCGCAACCCCCUCUCAAACGCAUGUAUUCUCUCUCCGGUCCAGCCACCAGCUCACUCCCUGAGCUCUCACACCGCUGCCCCAGCCCAAGACCAAGCAUGGCGCGCAGCUCAAAGGAGGGCAGCGCGGCGCAGUAGAUGCGCGAGACGGGGAGGGCGUGCCCGCAGGCGUAGAGCGCGAUGGUGUAGAUGCACAUUUUUGCUGGUGCUGUUGCUGGUGCUUUGUAGGGUUGUUUGUUUUUGUGUUCGUGAAGGAAAUUGGUGAGGUGAAGUACUUGGUUUGAGAUUUGUUGUCUUUGGUUUGGUUUAUUCCUGGAUUUGGGAGAGUGGUGGCUGAGAGGUUAGAGGGCGGAGAGGCGGACCUUAUAUAUUUGUCCCGGGAGCAUAGGCCGGGCUGUGUAUAUCACAGGACGCGGUGUUGUGAUGCUGCUCCGCCGUGUAUCGGCCGGCGCAGGCUUUCGAGCUUUUGCUGUG